UAACAAUUCAAUACUUUUCUUUCUUGUUUGCCCAUUUCAAAAUUCCAAUUCCCUUCUCUUCUUCUCUUCACCCUCUCAAAUCCCUUUAUCCCUCUCUAUCUAUCUCUUCACACAACUCAAAAAAAUCUCAUCUUUCUUUCUCUCCAUUGAUCCCUUUCAAUUUUCACUCCAAGAUUCAGACGCGCUUUUCCGUUACUCAAUUCUCUCUCUUUUAUCUGUGGGUCGUUUUCUUUUCUCAAAUGCUUGAUCCUACAUGACUUGGAUUUCUCAAAUUCUCUCAUUAUUGCCCAGAAUUUCUGCGUAGUGCAGAAAACCUAAGGGCUAGGGCUGUUCCAAUCUUUCUGGGUUUUGUUGAGAAUUUUCCUCAAAAGAAACGAUUUUGCUGCAACUGGGCAUGGUGGGUAACGAUGAUGCUCGUGCGAAAAUGUUCUGGCGGUCGGCUUCUUGGUCCUCUUCCCGCUCCGCCGCCGCCGCCAACAAUAACAGCAACACUUCCGGCGAGGCGGAGAAAGAUUAUGCGGCGGAUCGUGACAGCAUCAACGGCCAGAACCGGAGGUUUCCUCCGCCCCCAUUGACCCCUCGAUCGCAGCAAAAUUGCAAGGCGCGGUCGUGCUUGCCGCCGCUGCAGCCGCUAUCAAUUGCUCGCCGGAGCUUGGAUGAGUGGCCGAAGGCUAGCUCCGACGACAUAGGGGAGUGGCCACAGCCGCCUACAACCCCUGGUGGUGGUGGGAGAGGUAAUAAUAAUGGUGAAAGGUUGAAACUUGAUUUGUCUUCUAUCCAGCAGAACCAUGAUAAUAAGAAUAAUAAUGGUGGGCUUGUGAAGAGGGAUAAGAUUGCUUUUUUUGAUAAGGAAUGCUCAAAAGUUGCUGAUCAUGUGUAUCUUGGUGGUGAUGCUGUUGCUAGGGAUAAGGAUAUUUUGAAACAGAAUGGGAUAACCCAUGUUUUGAAUUGUGUGGGUUUUGUGUGUCCUGAGUACUUCAAGAAUGAUUUUGUGUAUAGGACUUUGUGGCUGCAGGAUAGUCCAUCUGAGGAUAUUACUAGUAUUCUGUAUGAUGUGUUUGACUACUUUGAGGAUGUUAGGGAACAAAGUGGGAGAGUUUUUGUGCAUUGUUGCCAAGGGGUGUCUAGGUCAACUUCUCUGGUGAUUGCUUACCUCAUGUGGAGGGAAGGGCAGAGUUUUGAUGAUGCUUUUCAGUUUGUGAAGGCGGCGAGAGGUAUUGCUGAUCCGAAUAUGGGUUUUGCUUGCCAAUUGUUACAGUGCCAGAAAAGGGUCCAUGCAUUCCCUCUUAGCCCUAGCUCUUUGUUGAGAAUGUAUAGAAUUGCGCCACACUCACCGUAUGAUCCUUUGCAUCUUGUCCCCAAAAUGUUGACGGAUCCUUCUCCAUCUGCUAUGGACUCCAGAGGUGCAUUUAUAGUACACAUUCCUUCUGCAAUAUAUGUUUGGAUUGGUAAGAAUUGUGAGGCCAUCAUGGAAAGGGAUGCCAGAGGUGCUGUGGGUCAGAUUGUACGCUAUGAGAGAGUGCAAGGACAUGUUAUAAUGAUCAAGGAAGGUGAGGAACCAGCUUACUUUUGGGAUGCUUUUUCAAAAUUCUUGCCUUUGAUGGAUAAAUCUGGUGAUAAAGUAGAAAAUAGCAAAUCAAGUGUUAAGAUUUGGCCUGGUGAGAGAAAAGUGGACUCAUACGAUGUUGAUUUUGAAGUUUUCAAAAAAGCAAUCACGGGAGGUUUUGUGCCUCCAUUUGCAUCAUCAGAGGAUGAACAUGAAAUCCAUCUUCCCGCAAGAGAGGGUAGUUGGAGUUUUUUAAGGCGUAAAGUUUCCUCUGCUACUCUGAAGGAGUUUGUCUCAGCCCCUAAGUUAUCCUUUCCAAGGGUUUAUUCAGAUUCCAUGUUGUGUAUUCGUACAUCAGAAAAUUCAUCUCCAUGCUCGUCACUUUUGUCAUCAUCAUCUUCACCCUUAUAUGUCUCUCCAGAUUCCAUUUCUUCCGAUUCCAGCACUCAUUCAAAGUUGACAGAAUUGUCCCCAGAUUCAUCCUCUGCAGUUUUGACUUCUAUUCCGGUAUCUUCAUCAUUGUCUAACUUUUCUAAUUUGUCUCUCUCGUCAAAUUCUACUUCUCAACUAGUGUCUAACAGUAGAAAUAUCCAUGGUGUCCAGUUAUCACAUCCUCGGUCUCAGUCAACCUCUUUGCCAUUGACAAAACCAUCAACUUCCCUUGCUGAACGCAGAGGUAGUUUGUCAAAGUCUUUGAAGUUGCCAGUAAUAAAUGAUAAGACACAAGUUAUAGAUAAACCAUCGAAUUUUCAUGCUAGUCAAGAGUAUGGUGUUCCUGUUAACGGCAAUGUUAGCAAUUUGCAACCAUCAGAUAAUGAAGAUUAUUUUUGUGAGUCCAAUGACCAUGUCAAGGAUAGAGGCAUGAAUUCAAUUCAACAGUGUGAGCUAGCAUCAUGUCCUGGCAUUUUUGAUUGUGUGGAUUACAAGGAGAGGAACUGUGUUGAGCCUUUGAUAGAUUGUUCCUCAAGAGAAGGCCUGAAGUCUACAUCAUCAAAAGGAAUUAAUGAGAGUGGCGUAUUGCAAUAUAAUCUGACGCAAUCUUUAGUAUAUCACUGGCCCAGUUUAGAAAAGAUUGAAACAUUUGGCACAAGUCAUCUGGAUUCUAAAGCUGCUUUUGUCAUAUUCUCUCCAAGUAUGCAUGCACAUGCAAGAAACAUUUUAUAUUUUUGGGUAGGGAAGUCUUUCAAUUGUGAUGCUUCACAGGUUCGGUUAGAUAGUGAUAGAAAGUUAGAUUUCAUUGGAGCAGUUGACUGGAAUCGAAUUGGUUGUGAUCUCCUUGCUCGGUUUAGUUUGCCAGAGAAUACAGUUAUCAAGAUUGUUAAAGAGAAUGAAGAACCGCGGGAGUUCCUUGCUUUGCUGAGUUCAUUGUAGAACAAAAGAUACUGGGAGAAUCCUGAGUUCAAGUAACCUUUCUGGCGUCUACAGCUGUCUCUGUGCAUUCCAAUUUUUCAGGCACUAAUUUGAUCUUCCCCUGGGAAAAGAAACCCGGCGAGGAGACAAGUCAAUUGUAGCUGGGCUGAUUGUACAGUGCUUUAACACCCUCAACCUAGACAUUCAUGUUCAACAUACUGAAAUUUCUUGCACAUUCUCAUGUUAUUUAAAAAAAAAAAAAAAACUAUCUCUCUUUAGCUCUCUCUCUAGACAUGUGGAAAGUUUAUUCCUUUAGAUCUGAACAAACGAAUCCGUGAUUGAGAAUUUCUAAAUUGAAAGAAAAGCUGGAUGAUAUACUU